AUGGCUGGUCUGGGCGUCUCUGUGGAGCUCCUGCGUAGUUCUCCCCCUGUUAGCAUUAACCUGGAUGUCCUUUUUGCUGUCUUUGACUCCGUCCAAGGCUUCGUCAUCAUCACCGUCCACUGUGCAAUGCGUCGAGAGGUGCAGGAUGCGGUGCGCUGUAGGAUGGGGGGAUGUAAAGAUGACAGCGAAAACUCCCCAGACUCCUGCAAGAAUGGACAGGUGCAGAUCAUGAAUUGCUCUAAUGUGAACUUCAGUGGGCAGCAGUAUGGCUCUCUGCGUAUCGGCACCCCCCCGUGUCUGUCCAGUUGCCACCAGCAGUUGCCACCUGCGGGCCACCAGGCCUGCCAACAAACCUGUUACCACAGUCUGCCCCGCAGCAACAACCAGGGCCUCGAGCACAGCCAUGCACACCAGCAUAGCCCCAUCCUGAACAACACCCACAACCACAACCACGCUCAUAACCAUAACCACGUCGCCCACAACCACAUCGGAAGCUUUCCAACGGACUUUGAGAAGGAUGUGGACUUGGCAUGUCAAACAGUCAUAUUCAAGGAGGUCAACACGUGUAACCCGGCCACCAUCACUGGCACCCUUUCCCGCAUCUCCCUGGAUGAUGACGAGGAUCCAAAGCUAGCAGCCCAUCAGGAAGGGGUCAACUUCAGCUCCCUCCCCGGGAACAUCCCCCCUCCCAACCUGAUCGUACAGGUUCCAACCCUGAGCGGCCUGAAUGAGCUGAGUGAGACGCCCCUAAAGAAGGACGUGAACCUCGAUCAGCAGAGACAGCAUGGGCAGCAACGUAGCGGCGCUCCAAUCUACCUGUGCACCGAGAGUGGCCUAGGGUGGGCUCGACCGCCCCCCUCCUCCAACACCUCCCAGGACGGAAGUGCCUGUAGUGGAGGCAGUGGAUGUGGGAGCGGAGUAAAUGGAGGAAGUGGGGAGGGAGAUUACAUGGUCUUACCUCGUAGGACGGUUAGUCUCAAACCUCCAGCUCCCUGCUCUCAAGGAGGAGGCCUGGGUCUGGGGGGCGAGGACAAGCCCCUCAACAUCGCAGUGGAGGAUCCUCCCUUCCCCCCGCCUCCCUCACCCCUGACCCUCCACCCAGCUGAGAGUGAGGCGUACCCGGCGGAUUUUGUGCCGUCAAGCGUAGGUGACAUGAACAUCGCCAUGAACCUCAACCGCUCCUAUGGGACGAUCAAAACCAUGCCCCACGGGCACGCCCACAUGAUGGCUCCGGCUGGUCUUGUACACUCCCACGGAGGACACAUGCACUCCCAUGGGCAUUCGCUCCAGCUGAAGCAGGGCCAGAGGCCGUCGGUCAGACAAAUUCUGACAGGGGGAUCCACAGUGGAGAGAACCAGGACCCUGCCACGCAACUUGGGCAGCACCAAUGCCAACAGCAGCCACUCAGCGGGAUCCUUGGAGGUGGGUGAGAGGUUGAGGGACUCGCAGCAGUCAGGAAGUCCCAGUAACAAUGAGCAAGGCAAGAACCCUCUUCCAGUCUACUUGGAGGACAGCUUCAUCAAAUCAGGAGUCUUCAGUGUUGCAGAGCUGGUGCGAGUGUCCAGAAUGCCCAUCAUCCACGGCGCUGCGGUGAACUUCUCCAUGACCGACAUGCCCAGCCAGCCCUACUACCACGACCUGAACUCCAGCGUGGGGCUGCACCGCUCCCUGUCCUCCCCGCCCGGCAGCAAAAGGCCCAAAACGGUGAACAUGGAUGAGAACAUGGACACGAGCCCGACGGGACCCGACUUCUACUCAUCACCCAGCUCUCCAGCCAGCAGUCGGGCCAACUGGCACGACAGAGACGGAGACAUGUCCUCUCCCACCAUGAAGAAGCCAGAGAAGCCGCUGUUCAGCCCCACCUCCCCGCAGGACUCCUCGCCACGACUCAGCACUUUCCCUCAGCCUCAUCACCCCGGCCUCACAGGUGUAGGACACAGUGUUAUAUCGACGAGGAGCCCCCCCCCACACUCGCCCCUGCAGUUCUCGGCCUCGGCGAUCCUGCCCCCGGCGCCAUCGCCCUACUUCUCGCACACCACCAUCCGCUACCCGCCCCACCUCAACCCCUCCGAUCCCCUGAAGAGCUACGUGCCGUCAUACGACCCGUCCAGCCCGCAGAGCAACCAGCCUAACAGCAGCGGUCAGGUGGGGAAAGUCCCGGGACACUUCACGCCGGUCCUGGCCCCCUCCCCGCACCACGGUGCAGUCAGACCCGUCUCCCUCUCCAUGUCGGACACUAAGCCCAUCACCACGUCAACAGAAGGCUACUCAGCCCCUGGCACCCCGACGGCUAACCGGUUCGUCGGCCUGAGCCCCAGAGACCCCGCCUUCCUCCACCAGCAACAGGUGAGAACCCCCUCCCUCCAGCACUCACCUGCUCCUCUUAUCCCCUCAUUAUCUGUCCCCGUCUCCCCCCACAUCAGACGUGUUGCCCCCUGCAAAAGCCUGUCGCACUCUGAAUGGGAUUUUUUGGAAGCAUUCGACUAUCUCAAAGUCAGGAAAUCGACUGUCAUUGUGCAGCUGCAGAUGGAUGGGACAUCUGCCAAGACGCUGCAGAUCUUCAACAUCGAGAUGAAGAGUAAGGUGAAGGCUCACACCAUGACGGAGGAGGUCAUGUUCUGGAAGUGGAUAUCGGUAAACACCGUUGCAUUGGUCACAGAUACGGCCGUCUAUCACUGGAGCAUGGAGGGGGAUUCCCAGCCCACCAAAGUAUUCGAUCGGCAUGCCAGUCUGGCCGGAUGUCAGAUCAUUAACUACAGAACUGACGAACAACAGAAAUGGCUCCUGCUGAUCGGGAUUUCUGCACAGAAAGUGAUGCACACUCGCAAAAGACAUUCUGAGCUGUACCAUGAGCUCAACCACUCGUCCAAGUUCCACACCAUAGACAGGUAUAGCAGGGACCCAGCCAUGUCCACAUUCAAGGCCCACGCCAAACCCCCCCCCCCCACCUACGACUCCUAUGGUCUUAAACGCGAGAGUACACACACACGCCCCUCCCCAGCCGCCGCCCCCCGUAGCGGUCAACCGUCCGACCGUGUGUUACCGACCCGUGCUAUUCUAGGAGGGAGAAGAACGCCCGUCUAA